UUUGGCGGUCCAGUUUUUGACUUUUCGCGGUCCGGACCCGAACCGCAAUCCGUCAGUUGCCGACCCUUGGUGUAUAGAGUGGUUAUUUAUCAUUUCCUUUUUAACAUUUACUAUUUCGCAUUUUUUACAGACGGAACUACGGUUCUUGGUAUCGCAGCUCAGUUUUUCGUCGCUGGUUAUGAAACAGUUUCGACCACUUUGUCGUUUGGUUUGUAUGAACUUGCUCUAAAUCAAGAAAUACAAAGAAAAUUAAAAGACGAAUUGAGAAACGCCCUAAAGGAAGAUGGAGAGUUAGACUAUGGAACAGUUCACAAAAUUCCUUACUUGGAUCAAGUAGUGAAAGAAACGUUAAGAAAAUAUCCAAUACUACCUUAUUUGGAUAGGCAUUGCACAAAAGAGUAUCGGAUUCCUGAUAGUGACUUGGUUUUGUACCCUGGUUCAACAGUUUACAUUCCAAUGUUUGGUCUCCACUACGAUGAAAAAUACUUUCCUAAUCCGAAUGGAUUUAUCCCAGAAAGAUUUUCGACUGAAAACAAGGACAAUUUUCCUGCAACGGCGUAUUUACCAUUUGGUCUCGGACCUAGGAUUUGUAUAGGAGAACGAUUCGCUUUGACAUCAACCAAAUUAGCAAUAGCAAAGCUUUUGUUAGAAUAUGAUAUUGAACCUUGUGAAGAAACGCCUAUUCCAGUUGAAUUCAAAGCCAGCGGAAUUACUUUGGUGCCAACAAAGAAAUUAAUGCUUAAAUUUAAAAAUUCGCACAACUAACGUAAAGAUGACUAUAUACUAUCUAGUAUACAAAUAUAAGUUUUGAUUAGUAUGUAGUAUUUUACGCAAUAAAGUUUAGACGUCUA